AUGAAGAACAAAAAAACAGGAAAGAUGUUUGAUUAUUUAGCAGAAGAUGUAAUAUUUCAAAUAUUGAGUAGAUUGCCUGCCAAGUCUGUUUUGAAAUUCAGCUGUGUAUGCAAGUUGUGGAAUUCUAUCAUCAAAAGUCCUAAUUUCAUCUCUACUUUCUCAUCAAACAGACAUCAUCCUUACAUCUUAUUGUCUCACAUUGAUUGUGACGUAUACAAAUGCUCGAUGCGUUUUGACGACAAAGAUUUCGAUGAGUACGUGUCUCUCCAACCACUUUGCAAGCUACCCAGCAAGUAUGAAGUGAUCGGCUCGAGUAAUGGUCUUGUCUGCCUCAACUAUUAUGAAAGCAGCCACAUUUACAAGCUUAUUAUUUGGAAUCCUUGCAUUAGAAAAUCAUUGGUGAUACCUGAACCUAGCUAUAGUACUCCUUUUCUUAGUUGGAGUCGUAGCAAAUUAACCGGGUUUGGAUUUGAUUCAAGAACUAAUGAUUACAAAUUGUUAUUGACUGACUCGAUUAAUGGUGUGGCUAUCUAUUCACUCAAUUCUAAUUCUUGGAAGAAAAUCACUACUACUGGCAAGUACAACAAAAACUAUUACCGAUAUAUACAUUCUAAUCCAUCAGCUUUCAUCGACGGCAGAUUCUAUUGGCACAUACUUGAGAGAAGUGUUUACAUGCUCGUAUUUGAUUUAAGAGAUGAGAUGUUUCGAGAGAUAUCAUUGCCUGCUGCUAUUACCAGAGAUCCUUUUAAAUUCAAAAUCAAAGCUUUUGAAGAAUCGUUGAUCGCAUUCAUCGGCGAGUAUGAUAUAUGGGUGAUGAAAGAAUAUGUUACUGGUGAAUGGAUGCAUUUAGCAACUGUUGGAAAUGAGUGGGAUGAAAACACAAAUGUGCUUGAGUUUAGAGAUAAUGGUGAAGUAUUUGUUUUGUUUGAAAAAGGACAACGCUUAGCCUCGUAUACUAUAAUGAACCGACGCAGAAAAAAUUUGAUUGUUUUGAGUAGUAAGUAUGAAAAAAACUGUGGUUAUAGGCAUGUAGAGAGCCUAGCAUUACUUGACAAAGGUAAUGCUAUUUCAAACCACCCACCUAAUUAUGGGCGUCACAGAUUGUCAUGGCUGCAGGGCGAAGUUAGCAAAAUGGUACUAACUUUAAGAAAAAGAUUUAAGAAAUUAUGCACUUAA